AAAACAGAAAAAGAGAGUAUUCAUUAUCGAAUGAAUGAAUGUCAUCCGGCUUAGCACUGGGGCUCAUAUUCCAGAUCUGAAAGAUCCAUCGUUACUUUUCGUGUAAUUUCAUCAACAAAUGUGUUGAGACUUGAGACCGGUAUUAAUGCUGGUACUCCGUAUCCUAUCAGCAAAAAUUCUCUUCGUGCCUCAGAUCUACAACAUCCAUCUCUCUCUGUUUUUGCUUAAGCUGGCAAUAUUGGCUUAGAGGUGUCAAUUAUAUAGAGGAUUUAGAACGAAGGACGAUGUCGUUAUUAUUGGGAAGAACAUACUGGGCUGCAUUCAUCUAUGUUCUUCUGAUCUCACAUUCUUGUAAUGGAUUUUACCUGCCGGGAAGCUACAUGCACACAUAUUCAACAGGUCAGGAAAUAUUUGCUAAAGUCAAUUCACUGACAUCUAUAGAAACUGAGCUUCCCUUCAGCUACUACAGUCUACCAUAUUGCAAGCCUCAAGGUGGGGUAAAAAAAAGUGCAGAGAAUCUUGGAGAGUUACUCAUGGGCGACCAGAUUGACAAUUCUCCUUAUCGUUUUCGUAUGAAUAUUAAUGAGUCAGUUUAUCUUUGCACGACAAAGCCAUUAAGCGAGAAUGAGGUGAAGCUCCUAAAACAGAGAACACGUGAUCUCUAUCAAGUGAAUAUGAUUCUGGACAAUUUACCUGCCAUGAGGUUUGCCGCUCAAAAUGGGAUCAAUGUUCAGUGGACUGGUUUUCCAGUUGGAUAUACACCACCAAGAUCACAAGAUGAUUACAUCAUCAACCACCUCAAGUUCAAAGUUUUUGUUCAUGAGUAUGAAGGGACUGGUGUAGAGAUAAUCGGGACAGGGGAAGAGGGUAUGGGUGUAAUCUCUGAAGCUGAUAAGAAGAAAGCAUCUGGAUAUGAGAUUGUUGGUUUCGAGGUUUUUCCUUGUAGUGUGAAGUAUGAUCCUGAAAGGAUGACUAAGCUUCAUAUAUAUGACAAUGUUACAUCUGUAAACUGCCCACUUGAAUUAGAGAAGUCUCAAAUAAUAAGCGAGCAAGAAAGAGUGUCAUUUACUUAUGAGGUUGAAUUUGUGAAGAGCGAUAUUAAGUGGCCGUCCCGGUGGGAUGCUUAUCUCAAAAUGGAAGGUGCUCGAGUCCACUGGUUUUCAAUCCUCAACUCGCUGAUGGUAAUAUCCUUCUUAGCUGGUAUAGUUUUUGUUAUAUUCCUAAGAACAGUCAGGAGAGAUCUGACGAAAUAUGAGGACUUGGACAAAGAAGCUCAGGCACAAAUGAAUGAAGAGCUCUCUGGGUGGAAGCUUGUUGUUGGUGAUGUGUUUAGAGAGCCAAACUUUUCAAAGCUAUUAUGUGUGAUGAUUGGAGAUGGAGUUCAGAUUACAGGAAUGGCUGUUGUGACCAUUGUAUUUGCUGCAUUGGGUUUCAUGUCACCGGCUUCCCGAGGUAUGCUGUUGACCGGAAUGAUUAUUCUUUACCUUUUCUUGGGAACAGGGGCUGGUUAUGCUGGUGUACGUUUGUGGUGUACUAUUAAGGGGACUUCAGAAGGGUGGAGGUCUGUCUCUUGGUCAGUUGCUUGCUUCUUCCCAGGCAUUGCCUUCGUCAUCCUUACUGCAUUAAACUUCAUUCUAUGGGGCAGCAAGAGUACCGGUGCCAUUCCCAUAUACUUGUAUUUUAUACUAUUGUCUCUGUGGUUCUGCAUUUCAGUUCCUCUCACCCUGCUGGGUGGAUACUUGGGGACACGAGCUGAGCAUAUCAAGUAUCCUGUAAGAACAAACCAGAUUCCAAGAGAGAUUCCUGCUCGCAAGUAUCCAUCAUGGCUCCUUGUUCUUGGUGCUGGAACGCUCCCAUUUGGAACCCUUUUCAUAGAGCUUUUUUUCAUUCUUUCUAGCAUAUGGCUUGGAAGGUUUUAUUAUGUGUUUGGAUUCCUUUUUGUUGUUCUCUUGCUGUUGGUUACGGUGUGCGCUGAAGUUUCUGUGGUCCUCACUUACAUGCAUCUCUGCAUUGAGGACUGGCAAUGGUGGUGGAAAUCAUUUUACGCAUCAGGUUCUGUUGCCCUGUAUGUAUUCCUUUACUCUAUUAAUUACUUGGUGUUUGACCUCCAAAGUUUGAGCGGGCCGGUCUCAGCGAUUUUAUAUCUUGGCUACUCACUGCUCAUUGCAAUUGCGAUUAUGUUAUCUACCGGCACGAUCGGCUUCCUCACAUCCUUUUACUUUGUUCAUUACCUUUUCUCAUCGGUGAAAAUUGACUAGGAAGUUCCCUCAGCAGUGCUCAAUGAUCAUCGGGACAAUAAAACGUCUUGGUGCACAGAUUAGAGAAUCUCCUACUCUGAACAAUAUUUUUAGCUAAAUAUAUCUUUUAAGAUCAUGACAUCAUGUUGUACCAUGUCAAAAGAGACUUGGCUGAUGAGUGGUGCAAAAAUCUCCUUUAAUUUUCUUGCCUCUUAAAGAAUAUAUACUGUGAUAGAGUUGAUCUUGGGAUUUAUUAGACUUGUUCAAACAACUGUAAUCUAGUUAUCCUCGUUGUUGGUUUUCAGAAAUACAAUACAAAUUAUUUGCCUUUUCA